GUCAGAGUUGAAUGUUUGACAGAAAGCUGAACAUGGAUUCCAUAUUUCAUGAGAAACAAGAGGGCUCUCUCUGCGCCCAACAUUGUCUCAACAACCUCCUGCAGGGUGAGUAUUUCACUCCUGUGGAUCUGUCCUCCAUUGCUCAGCAGCUCGAUGAAGAGGAGAGGAUGAGGAUGGCCGAGGGGGGUAUGGCCAGUGAGGAGUAUAGGACCUUCUUACAGCAACCAUCUGGGAACAUGGAUGACAGCGGGUUCUUUUCAAUACAAGUAAUUAGCAAUGCACUGAGAGUGUGGUGCUUGGAGCUAAUCCUCUUCAACAGCCGGGAGUACCAGAGCCUGAUGAUUAAUCCAAUAAAUGAGAAAGCCUUCAUUUGCAACUACAAGGAGCACUGGUUUACUAUACGCAAACUUGGACAACAGUGGUUUAACCUGAAUUCACUGUUGACUGGACCAGAGUUGAUAUCAGACACCUAUCUAGCCCUUUUCCUUGCACAGUUACAACAAGAAGGUUAUUCCAUAUUUGUGAUCCGAGGCAACCUGCCUGAGUGUGAAGCAGAGCAGAUUCUUGGGAUCAUGAGGGUGCAGCAGCAGCAGCGACCAAGGCUUAUUGGAGAGGAUGAAUCUCAGACAAGUGCAGGCAGGUCAGCAGCUCUGAACCAGGCAGAGAUGGCCUUUGGUGUGGAGGAUGAGGUUGUGGAUGAAGAUGAUGAGCUGAAGAGAGCUCUGGCCCUCAGCCGACAGGACAUCGAUGUGGAGGAUGAAGAAGCUGAUCUACGCAGGGCCAUACAGCUUAGCAUGCAAGGAGCAGUGAUGAGCAACAAGUCUUCAGAGUCUGAAAUGGGAAAUGUGAAAUCAGGGAGCCAGGCAGGAGGGAGCACUGCAGGAGGACAAAAAGAAGGCCAGAAUGAGGCGCUCACAGCUGAGGAACUGCGGAAGAGGAGACAAGCCUAUUUUGAUCGGCAGCAGCAACAAGCUCAGCCGAACAUUCCUCAGCAACCUGACACAAAAUCAACAGGUGGCUUAGGCUCAGUAAACACUGGCGCUGAAGAGGACCAACAACAAAAGCCCGGCCAGUGAAGAUGUGCGAGGUUUGCCUAUGUUGUUUACCAGCUGCCUGGAUUGGCAACCCCACACAGGGGUAGCUUUGCUCCUUCCUCUAACCUUUUGCACAUGCGAACAUAAGGACCGUCAGAAGGCUGACAUGUUUCCCCUGGUUAGUUCGCUGACAGGCUAUAGAGAAGAGAACAACGACAAAGAAAAGGCAGCAGUUAGUCCAAUCUAACUCAGUGAGACACUGACGCUGGGAAAAGGGUGACCACAGAACUCAUGAUGCAGUUAAUCCAAGUUUGCAAUUGCCUUUUUACCAUGGCGCCUUCUAUUUCUAUUGUAUACUGUUUUUUUUUUUAUUCUCAUUUUUUUUUUCUCUGGAAGAGAUAGAAAGGAAUCCUCAGCAUACAAAAGGUGUGUUUACUUGUUUGGAGGUGAAUACAUGCAGAGAUGGGUGUUCUGUGAAAGCCAUAGGAGACCAAUGUUAAGACUACAGAUACAAGUUUAAUAGAUAAUGACAGAGCCCAGUACCUUUACAUUGAAUUUGAAUUUGUAGGACAUAAGGGGGCUCUCACACUCGCCCCACCAGAACACCAGUGUAGUACUGAAAUAUCUUUUAGCCAGCAGCACUAACGUGUAGGUCAUUUAUUCUCGACCUCAUCGCUCAUUUUUCUUGCAGACGUCUAGGAGUGAACUCCCAAAGUAUUUAGACAACAGCAUAUUUGUGAUGUUGUGGCUUUGUUAUUACCUUUAAGUGUAGGCAUAAUGAAAUGUAAGAUACACAGCUCACAAACAGUUAAUUUAAGAGUGUUUUGUCCAUUUUGGUUGGACUGAACAAAAUCAUUCUAUAGAGCUAUUUGCUGAAGCUAAGAUGCUUUUGACUGAUGCAUAUUUUUCAUAUCUUGUCCAGAGUAAGUUGACAUGUAAAGGGGAACAAAGACACCAUGAAACUGCAGCUGAUAGAUAAAUACAUAGUUCAUUUUUCCAGUACAGUAUGAGCACUUAAUACCAAAAAAAAAUCUGAUAUGUCCAACCUGCCUACCUAGGAUGUGACUUUAUCUGUUGUUUCUCCUCAUCAGUAUUUGUCAUGAUCUAUGUAGGGAAUUCAAUAUAAAGAAAACAUUGUUAAAAUGAUGAUUCUUCCUUUGACGUACCUUCACAAACAGUUUUACCCUCAAAUUCUUUUUUUUAAUCACACAGAUUUGACUUAUCCUGUAUUCCCAUGAUCCUGAAAACGAUGUUGUACACAUUAGUUGUACAAAUAUUAUUUAAUUUGCACUGAGGUUUUCAUGGUUCACAGCUAUGGAAGCCGUUUGCUUAUUGACAACCUAUGGAAUAAACAGUAAAACAGUGAGAAUGAAGGGCAACAUCUACUUAACCUCGUAAUUUGUAUGAUUUAAAAACCCCAAGACUGAAACAAAGCAUCAAAAAAUGUGUCACCGUGCAUUUACUUUGAAGAGUAUGCUGUUGCUGGUUUUUGUUUGUUUAAAUCUCUUGUUGAAAUUUUUUUCCCCCUACAACCCUCUGUUCAGUCCUGAAAACCAAAAUCACGCUGCAACACACAAUGUUGAUGAAUAGACCACAUCACAGCAUUAAAACCGUUAAGUUUGUUUACAGUUGUUAUGUUUUCUGGAACCAAUGACUGUUCAGCAUGGAUAUAUGUUGAUGCCUCCUCAAAAGUGUUGGAUGUCAUGCAAAGCUUGACUUCUUGUGCUGGAUGAUUUCCAAGAAAAUUCCUUUAUUGUUUUCAUUUCCUUUGGAUCUGUUAGGCUUUUUUUCUAUUUAAAAUGCACUUGCAAAAGAGUAUAAAAUGUUGGUAGUUGGGUUUUUAUCAUUUGCAUUAUUUUCACUCACCACAUUCUUACAAUGAGUACUCUUUUUUCAUGUUACCAUAGAACAUUCUUUAUUUUAAAGCAACAGUGUUUAAGAUUUAGGGGGAUUAAGUGACAUCUUGUUGAGGAGGUUUUUUACCAGGAGCUGAAUUAUCCACAGAGGUCUCCUCCUCCCCAAAACAAACAGACCCAGUAGACAUUAAAAAAUCAGCAUUUUUACGAGGCUCUUGUUGUGGAGGGGCUGCUAUCUACGGUGCCUAACGCGAAAAUGCAAAUGGACCUAUGUAGAGGCAGGGUUUGGUUGUCCAUUCGGGGCUACCAUAGAAACAUGACUUUGCAACCUGGCAAUCUUUGUAGAUGAGGAUCCCUUCUCUAUGUAGAUAUAAAUGGCUCAUUCUAAGGUAGCAAAAACACAGUGAUUCUUGUUUUCAGGUGAUUACACACUAAAGAUAACAUACUUAUGCCAUUUCUGCCAAUAUAUCCCCCUAAAUCCUACACACCAGAUCUGUAAUACAGAGAUUCCCAAACCUCUCCUGGAGCACCCCAUGCCCUGUAUGUUUUAGACCUCACUGCUCCAACACAGCUGAUUCAAAUUAUCAACUCGUUAUGACCUCCUGAAGCUGCUCGACAGCAAUCUGACCAUUAAAAUCAGGAAUCAGUUGGAGCAGUGAGAGAUCUUAGGUAUUCAGAACAAGGGGUACUCCAGAAAAGGUUCUUAGGAACGACUGAGUUAAUGUAUUAGUUCUUGUUCCAGGAUUAAAGUGACAUUCACUCCUC